AUGCUCUCGUACUGGGACCAUCUCGCAGAGAAUAACGAUCCACCGAACGACAGUACGAUCAAUGAACUUCGGAAGUUACUUUCGGAGCCAUCAAAGCAACUUGAGGACAUCAAACUUGAAAUAAAGCGCCUAGAAGCAAAACAGCUCGAGAUCGAGGAAUAUGUACGAAGUUUCCAUCGUAUACUGGCACCCAUUCGCCGGGUUCCAUAUGAUAUUUUACGAACGAUCUUUGAGCACUGUCUACCUACUCACCGGAACCCAACUAUGUCUGGCAACGAAGCUCCUAUGCUGCUCACCCAUGUAUGUCGCACUUGGAGAUCGAUCGCACACCAAUCACCCCGGCUAUGGGCACAUAUAUACGUCCCUUUCCGAAACGUUACCAAAGGAUAUGACAACAAUGAGGGGUUUGACGAUCCACUCAUUCCUCAGCAGCAGAUGGUGUCCGUUCUUCAAAACCGCUGUUAUGCCGUUCAAGAAUGGCUAUCUCGUUCUGGAGACCUCCCUUUAUCGAUAUCUGUAAUGUAUGAACAGGGCUCACCCUUCGUUCGGUUCGUCACGGGAAAUACAAACUCAAGUUCAAUCGAUAACCUUGUAAAAAUGCUGCUUAGAACACUCCUGUUGUUCUCACCCAGGUGGAGGAGUUUGGAAAUUGUUUUACCUGACAACAUACAUCGCGAUUUUGAGGAUAUGCUAUCAACACAUACCUUGCCACUUCUUCUGCGAUUGAGACUUUCAAUCAUCUCUCAGCGCCUACUCAAUGCUCCGUUCAGACCUUCACCAUCAAAAAAUCUAUUACGGGCACCAAAUCUAAAAUAUCUUUCCCUCGAAGGCCCUAAGCAUAAUAUCACACAAUUGAUAUCGCCCACACAUACCUCCCAAUCGCUUACAGGGGGCAACAUCAGUAUCACCCACGUAUCGCUAUCCAGAUGUGGAUUAGACACCUGUAUCGUUUUGUUCAAGGGUUACCCAACGCUUAUACAGUGUGAUCUAACUACUAGGCAUGAUGCUUUUGAAAUUGAAAAUGAAAUCAUCAUCCCAAACGCCAUUCAUUUGCCUCACCUCCGCGCACUGUGGAUCAAAACCAGUGGCAACAUUGGUCCAAACAGCUUUGUGCCCUCUUUGCUUGAGGUUCUUGAUUGUCCACGGCUACGAAAUUUCGGGUACUACAAUGACGUCUGGAACACCACUGCAGCAUCAGAUGAAAUACCUCCUUCCUUUUUUUAUAGAGCAAUUAAUUUGACAAGCCUUGAACUAGACCGGUUUUGUUUACGGCCGUCAAACAUCCUCGAUAUUUUAAAAGCACAACACAGGCUGAUCCGCCUUUCUCUUACCAGUAAAUAUCGGAUGGAGCCGAGCAAACCUUCAUCGUUAGAAAUUGAAACAUUUGACUUGGAUGCACUGGUAAUUCGGCGUGAUACUGAUGGGGGGCCCAUUACAUCGACUUCAGCCUCUACUCAUCAUCAGCUUCUUCCCUGUCUGGAGGUAUUCGAGCUUCACAGGACUACUGUAACCGACGACUUAGUCUUGCGCUUUGUCACCAGUCGAAUGGAUCCCGAGUCAGACAUCGCUGUCCUGAAGAAGGUGAAGAUAUUUUUCGACCGAUAUGAAGAGCACCAUGGCCUUGACCUUGUUAAAGAAAUACGCACUCGAGCAGACAGGAAAGAUAUUCAGAUUGACACCAGUUUCUGCUACGUUGGAUCGACAAUAGAUGCGGAAAAGAAACGCAAUAAUCUACUACCUGCACACACGGCUCCCACACGUCAAUUUGAUAAUCGAACAUGGACCCAUGAAGAACAUUUUGAUUCGGAGUACGAUGAUUAA